AUAGAAAUUGACAAAGAAUAAAAAUAAAUAAUAGUAUUCCAAGACUUCACCCAUCGAACGCUCUAACUGCUCACAUUUUAAGAAAAUUAAUUUGAUUAUUCGGUGCGUUUUCUCAUACUACUAAAAGAUGGAGCAUGACAGUUCUCAGUCUCGUGAGCUACUGCGGGAAAGUGUGAAGGAAUUGAGGGAACAUAUAGAAUGCUGCAAGGAACUCAAUCAGAGGUUGGAAUCGAAGGUCGAAGGACUGCGAAAGGUUUUAUUAAAGAAAGAAGGCUCCAAAGUUACUGAAGAAGAUGACAAAGCAGGAAUAAUAGAAUUGCAAAAGAUCUCAGAACAUCCUUCAGGAACACAAGAAAACUCCAAGUAGUGAAAAUACUGUAGAUACAUAAAUAGGACAAACUUCAAAUGGAUCUUGAGAAUGGUAUUUCAAUGACUCACGGAAUGGGCCUGAGUGGCACAU